AUGUCGUCAAACCAUGCCAAUCUUGAUGCGGCAUCCACCGACCGCAAAGCCCGGCUCGCCAAGCUCGCAGCUCUGAAGCGCAAGCAACCCGAACAAGACACACACGAGGCCGGCGCAGAAGACGAGCUACCCGACGCCGAUGCCACGCCAGAUGUCACCACAAAAUACCUGUCCGGUCGCAACUACGACCCCGAGACCCGCGGGCCAAAACUAGGCUUUGAGCAAGGUCCGCAAGAGGGCCAGAAGACGCUGGAAGCACAAGCGGCUGAGAUUGCGAAGGCCACAGCGGAGCAAGCCAAGAAGGAUGCAGGUGCCGAUGAACCCAUUGAUCUGUUCAAGCUACAACCUAAGAAACCCAACUGGGACUUGAAGCGCGAUCUGAACGAAAAGCUCAAGACUCUUAACGUACGGACGGACAACGCAAUUGCCCGGCUCUUACGACAGCGGGUAGAGGAAGCGCAGCGUGCUGCGAAGGCACGUGGGCCUAAGUCUAACGGAGACGAGGAGGGAGAGGAAGUGGGCAUGGAGGGUGAGACGCUUGUUGAGGGCAUCCAUAUGCGCGAACGAGAGGAAGAGAAAAGCGAUGAAGAAACAAUUUGA